AUGGACAAAUUGCCUCAAGAGCUCUAUGACCAUGUCAUCUCCUUCUAUCUAAAAGACUUAUUAAUUUUUCACCCGGCUUUCCUGGCACUCGCAACUGUGUCCCGCAAGUUUCAAAACUCCGUUGAACGACAUACCUUCCGAGAUAUACAAUUCACUGCUACAGAUUUAAGGCUGGACGAGUUGACACAUAUUUUAACACCGCGGCGCUGCUGCUUUCUACAACGUCUUACUACUAAGAUAGUCCUAUCAUCAUACCCCUCUGAACUUUUUACCAAGUUCGAAACGGAGAGGGAUCGCAGAGCCAAUAACGAGGCCGUGACCGCAGCAUUAAAGCGAAUCUUCUAUGCAAUUUCGACCCUUUUCGACCGUAAUGAUAAUAUAACACCAAUGCUCAAUUUAACUAUCCUUGGGCCACAUUCACCUCCGGUCAAAGAAAUAAGACCGUUUAUACAAUGGAUCCCUCCUAAUCGCCAAUCCCGUAUUGGAUUUAUAUUAAACCACAACGCUGCGCGUUAUAGAUUCUCGCUACUUGAUCUCACAUCUGAUUUCACUAUUUCUAACGGGCGUCGCAAAUGGAGCCCUCGUGCUGCAAUUCUUCUCUCCGCCAAGAUGGUAGAAGCUGAGAGCAUCAAGUGGGAUCUGGAUUGUGACGAAGAUCAUUGGGGUCGCCACUACGGUAUGGAUCGAAGACAGCGAAACGAUCUUGUUCAGAGUAUCAUGUCAGCAGAUCUUCCAGCAUCUACCACAAGGUUUUAUUGUUGUAUACCUUCACCAUUGACUGAUAAACGGCAAAUGCUCCUCCCUCAAUUCAUCACUCCAGGUGAUUAUGACCCAGUCAGUUGCGCCUUUCGAUACCUUACAAGAAACUAUACCCAUGUCCAUAUUAUAAGUACCAUACAUUCCACACUUCUUAAUCCUCCGACGGGCGUGCUGAAUGGGGUUCGGCAGUGUUGGAAUAAUAUAGAGACUUUAAGAGUCACAGCCUUCAUGUAUAACCCAGAAGAAAAGUGGUUAUUCAAACUUGAAAACGGUGUUAAUGAGGACCAGAGCUUCUCAAUUCCAUUUGAUCAACUUCCGCCGGGCUAUGGAGACACGAAAGAGGAGUUAGAAGAACGCGAGAAAUAUUAUAAUAUUUCCCGACACAUGGUCGAAUUCGAUCUAGUUAACCAAUCUGAGAGGGUUAUGCCAAAUUAUACCGAGCUGAACGCUUUAUUCACAGCUUUCGCGCGGACGUGCUGCCGCUUGCCAAAGCUGAAAGAGGCAUGUAUAGAGGUAGUGUGUCAGGGUGUCGACAUCUGGCAAUAUGAGGUGGGGUGUCUAGCACCGGGUACGCCGUUCCCAAGAGGCAAACCAAUGCCCGCGCAUGACAUGAGCUUGUGGAGAAGUACGGUUGAGGAACUCAAGAUGAUCGGAAGGACACGAGAUGGACGGGAUCCCAUAUUUUUGUGGGGGGAAUCACUGUGUUAG